UUCAGUGAAACUCAGAGGUAAACACGGCUUUUAAAUCACUGCUACUGUACUAAUGCAGACUCACAGUCUGUUUUUUAAAGCCCAGAAUGUAAAUCUACAAGAAGCAGAAGAUGCUGCUAAAACUUUUAAUUCACUGUAUUCUUCUGUCAACAGCUGAAUGUGGUUCCCACUCUCUGGUCUUCAUGUCUACAGGACGUGUGCAGCCUGGAGGUCGACCUUCAUUUGAGCAACUCACUGUAUUUGAUGGAGUUCCCAUCUCUCACUGUGACAGCUCCUCCUGGACAGAACAGCUCAAACCUGAGCUGGAGUCAAAAAACUUACCAGGAAACUGUCAGGAAGCCGGUUAUGACAUCUUAGAAUCUCUCCACCAGAUUCCUGCAUCUAUCAACAUCACAGUGUAUGUUGUACAGCGGAGACGUGGCUGCAUCCAGUCAGCCAGUGGGACUGUCUCAGUGUUUGAAGCCUGGGCAGUGAAUGGGAUGGACUUCAUCAGCUUUGACCCUGAGUCUCAGAGCUGGACGUCCCAGUCUCCCUCUGCUACAACAGUUAAACAACUUUGGAACAGCAAGAAAGAAAUGAACUCUGUCUAUAGACAGUUCAUCAGAGGACAAUGUCCAGAGAUGAUGGAGAGAAUUCAACUAAGAGCAACAAACCCACACACAGAGCUGAGUGUAUUUGCGAAGCCCGUUCCUAACACAGCCCAGGCUCUGCUCACAUGUCACGUGAUGAGUACUGACAGAUCAGUGAGCUCAGUGUAUCUGACUGGAGACGGGGCUUCCAAAGCCAUCUGGAUCACAGUGACCGGCCCACUGCCUUCUGAAGAUGGAUCUGUGAUCCUCAGGCUGACAGCUGGGAUCUCCCUGAACCAGGACACAUACAGCUGCACAGUACAAACAGGAGGACACAACCUUUCUGUCUCUUGGGAUGGGAAUUCUCUUGAUGGCAGACACCUUCUUAUACAGACAAGUUUCUUCUGGAAAAUGCUGACGAUAAUCCUUGGAUUCAUUUCCAUGGGGCUCAUAGUCACCAUUUUAUCCUGUGCAACAAUAUUAUUGAUUAAAUGUGUCAAGAAGAAGCGCCGUCCUCCUCCUGCUCCACCACCUGAUCCACAGCUGGUGGAGCAGAUGACCAGGAUGAGUGAAAACUUUAUAGAACUGCAGAAUGUUAUCACUGCAUUCAUUAAGGGCUCAGAGAGAGACGUGGAGGCCCAGGAGAAGUGGGAGGAGGGGAUUCGCUUAAAGACUCAAAAUGAUCCAGAGUUCUUUGCUCAUGAAGAUGAUGAAGCAAAUACAUAAUGAAGGAUUGUAAAUAGCUUCAUUUGUGCAGAGCUUUUGUCACAACUGCUGCCAAGCAAAACAGGGGAUUGGACCCAAAGGCAGACGUCAGAGAGACAAAUCCAAUGAAGGAAUCUAAAGUCCAUGGUCUUGAUGAGCUGCUCUACCUGCUGAUCCACAGCUGCACAAGGGACUUUUGAAGAGGAAACGCAACAUGAAGAGUAAAUCAUCGGGUUUUUACUGUCAGACCCUCAGAAGCCAAAUGAUGUUUUUCCUUGUUGCCCUGAAUCCAUGAAUCACAGAACUGUGAUCACUCCUCAUUGGUUAUUCCCUACGUAACAAACAUCCAUUAGUUUGUUCCAUAGAAAGUGAGAGAGAGUUGUGUUGUUUCAUCGUGUAGCAAACAGGGAGUGACACAGCUUUGCUCUCACUUUAACAUGGUUGUCAUCCUGUACUGUGAGUAAUUGCCACUUGAGGCCACAGUGUCUAAUGAAGGAAAGUGUAAUUUACGUUAUUAUCUGACUUUGAAGCUAUGUUGGUGUUUUUUUGUUGUUUAUCAUGAAGGAUUUUAUUCUCAUUCUUCACAGUUAAAGUGAUGUGUGUAUAUAAUGUAGAAACAUAUUAUUUUUUAUAUUGUUGAUAUUUCCUGUUUUUGUACGACUAGCUUUCCCAGCUCUCUCCUGCCAUGUGCAGCAUCUCUCACUGUAUUGAUUGUGAUCCUGUUGUUUAUCACUGCUACUGUGAACCUUCUGUGAGAUCUCUGCUUUAGACUGACACAUCCUCAGCUCCUCAUGUUAACGUGCUACGAUUCUGCUGCAGCAAAACACAUUUUAGGGGAAAUUUGCUGCCACACACAAUCAUUUUUAUCAUCACAGCAGAAUGUUGACACUGAACAUACAUGUGAAACAUUCACAGCGGUGCUUCAAUAUAUGUCUACAGUGA